GCAUAACACUUCUAACCAUCUUCUCCGGACUUCGUUAUCUUCUGUCUUCUGUUAUCUGGAGUCCGUCACAUCAGUUCAAAUCUAUGCGGGGUACCCGGCUCUUGACGAUUGCGAUACCUCUCCAACAUAUAUUGUGAUCUAUCCAGCAACCCGGAACUGCCCACCAAACCACAAAGAAACUCAAAAGUCUCUGCGUCAUUUUUCCCUCACAAAAUGCGCCCAAGCCACGCUUCCACCCCGAGCCUUUCGCUCUUAUACACUUCAUUUCAACCCCGCCCCGACGACACUGCCAAUAACCACUUCAAAGAGUAUUAUUGCUCUACAACUUCAGCUCCGACAAGUCCACUGAGCUCUACCUCCACAAUAACAAGCUCUAGCCCAACGCUUUCCUCAUCACCGACCUCUCCAUCUUUAUCACCAACUUCUCUUCAACAUAUCCGCAACCCCCGCUCUAUAUCCGACAAACUCAACCCCUCCAGCCCCAGCUACAACCACAACCAUGGCACAGGGGUCAUCCUACGUCGUCGCCCUUCAAAUAUCGACACAGCCCUCAGACAGGAGCGCUCACGAGCUAGCUUCGAUACAAUCGAGAGACAGGGCCUCGAUCUUUUAGAACCGCGCCCCGUGGAUCUAGAUACCGUUGGGAUUAAUACCCAGAUGCAGUUACAUACCUCACAGUCUCGGCUCCCGGUCCAUGAUGGCCGAGCUCAUGGUCGGCUGUCAUCCGGCUCACAAGAGGGCUUAGAUAGAGUACGGCUCUCACAACCAAGAUUUGUCAUGGGUGGGAUAUUUGAAGUCAUGGAAGGGAGCGGGUAGAUGACGACACUUUUCUUCGGGUUAUGCUUUUUUUUUCUCUUUCUUUUUUCUUCAUUUCUAUCUGGCUAUGGACCACUUCUGUACUGGUUGGUCAGGCCUUCCCCUUAGGGUCAGGACGUGUAACGGCGUUUACAUACUAUCAUGGACUGUGACGGAACAGCUAUCUGCUAAAUUUAUAAAUUUAAAAGUAUAUACUGAUCGAUGAUUUCGGCUGGAUGGAUCUAUCUACUUCCGCAGUGAACUUUUUUGUCAAUACAGUCAAUAUCAGCUUGAACAUGAAAUGAAACACAACCACCAGCAAAUGAAACAGGGUGCUUGAAACAUGUAUUUGCGUAGCUCUACUUAUAUCCCCACUGGAUGAC